UCGGGCUCCUCAAAAAAUAUCCAAAUUGGCGGCCAUGAUGCAACUCUUUGAAGCCUGAAACCACACAAAACCUCAAGGAGAGUACGUAGUUGUCCAAAAAAAUCCUUGUGAAUUGUCCAAACCGACCGUUAGCUGACAUAACAUUCAAAUUGUAGGCCAUUUCCUCAGUGAGCAACCUACAGUUGCUGACUUGCUGUAAAGCUAUCUACAGUGCUUGCCAACGUACGCGUUUAUCAAGUUGAUUGUGGGUUGAAUUAGGAGCAAGACAAGAGAGUGCACGAAAUUGGAGUAUAAAAAACAAGUAGCCCAUUCAAUAUCCAACUAAUAAUUUGGAUCGCUUGAGUGAUCACAUCAGAUACCGGCCGGUGAUCAGAGGAGAUAUCAGGCUAAAGUCCCAGCUUAAUUACAGGUUAAUAGCUAGAAGUUCCUCUCGUGAACCUAUAGGGAAAUAAUAUUAUCAGUAGGUUUCUUGUUCACUUUUCUUCUUCUCUUAUUUGUUGGCCUUUUGUUUUUCGACUAUAUAUCUUAUAUUGAAUGCGAUAUAUACUAUAUAAUGGGUUCUGUUUGGUUGCCAAGAAAAUGUUGAAGAAAUGAAGUUUUAACUAUUAGGUAUAUAUCGUAGUAAGUUUUUCAUUUCACCAUUCGGGACGUUGAGGAGGUUUUGUUUGUGAUGCUUGUUUCUUCAAAAUGGGAAAAGAGAAGGAGCCCUUUCGUUUAUUGAAUGUAGAUUUCAAGUUUGAUAAUUGAAGUUUGGAAUCCCAGGCUGUAGAAUCGAUGGUGCUUUUUCCAUCUUUUCAUGAUGGAUUGUCCAGAAUAAUAUCGACAAUCAAGGGCAGAAACUCUCAAAAAGAUACUGGAAAGGAAGCUGCAGAAGCUUUGGCAAAGGAUGCGAGGAAGAACGAGUUGAUGUUGAGCUCCUCUGGCAAUGUUAAGUCUAGUAAGUCAGAUAAUUUUGCAUCGGUCUGCUCCAAGAGAGGGCAAAAAGGAAUUAAUCAGGAUUCUUCUGUUGUGUGGGAGGGAUUCGGGAGUCAAGAUGAUAUGAUCUUCUGUGGCAUUUUUGAUGGGCAUGGACCAUGGGGCCAUUUCGUUUCAAAAAAAGUUAGAGAAUCUGUACCCUCUUUGUUGCUGUGUAACUGGCAAGAAAACCUUGCAUUGACAUCGCUUGGCAUGGACUUCGAGAUGGAUUUGGAUAGAAACCUUCACCAAUUCGAUAUUUGGAAGCAGUCCUACCUAAAGACUUACGCUGCCAUUGAUCAGGAACUUAAGCAGAAUCGCAAGAUUGACUCCUUUUUUAGUGGGACUACGGCCGUAACAAUCAUUAAACAGGGUGAGAAUCUUGUUAUAGCAAAUGUUGGUGAUUCUCGGGCUGUGCUGGCGACCACUUCCAUUGAUGGCAGUCUGGUUCCACUUCAGCUUACCAUCGAUUUUAAGCCUAAUUUACCUGAGGAGGCUGAAAGAAUAACACAGUCGAAGGGCCGAGUGUUUUGCCUGCAUGACGAGCCAGGGGUUUAUAGGGUCUGGAUGCCAAACGGCAAGACUCCAGGACUAUCAUUAUCAAGAGCCUUUGGAGACCACUGCGUAAAAGAUUUCGGGCUCGUUUCGGAACCGGAUGUGACACGAAGAAACAUAUCAAGCAGAGAUCAGUUCGUCAUCUUGGCGACUGACGGGGUAUGGGAUGUGAUUUCCAACCAAGAAGCAGUGCAGGUUGUUUCUUUGACACCAGAUAGGGAAGAAUCAGCUAAAAGACUGGUGGAAUGCGCAGGCCGUGCAUGGAGGUACAAGAAAAAAGGGAUUGCCAUGGAUGAUAUCUCAGCCAUAUGUCUCUUCUUCCACCCUUCACCGUCUCAACAGAUCGACCCUCAACUGAUCUCCUCACAGGCUGACAUGAUGAAAGCUUUGUAAAACAAUGCCUUCAACUGCUCUAGUAGUUGUUGUACAUGUAAUUGUGAAGAAGCAUCAUGGACCCAGAAUUAAUCUUACACGUCUGAGAAUUGAGUAAACGAGCAUACCUCCAUCAAUCGCUC